UGAGAAUUGUAAAACGGAAAUUAGACCAACAAAUAUUAUCCGCCCUAAUGAAUUCAUUGUACCCGGCGGGUAAAUAAUUAACAAAGUUUUUGUUGUCAACAAUUAAAUAUUGAAAAAAUGCCUCCCAAACGUCGACGUCGUUUUCAAGGCUUAUACUAUCAUUCGUCACCGCCUAAAGUACUACCAAUGAAUGGUCAGCUGCCAAAUGAUAGUGCCCGUAAACGGCGUGGAAGCGAUGAUUUCUCAGUCAAGUUAUCGACCAUACGAAUAUGGAUGCACGAAAAGGAAAUUGGCAAAUUAACCCGCAUUUUAUGGGCUGGUCAGGGAAAUCGUUUAAGGCAACAGGCCAGUACCAAUCCAAGAGUUAAACGAUUUCUAGCAGCAGUGCCUUAUGUGAUGAAUUCCAUACGCGAUGUCCAUCAAGCUGUUAUCGAUAAUAACUUGGAAAAUCUGCAGGCCCAUUUGGAACCGCCCGUACCACCUGCCCUGGUAACAUGUCGGGAUGCCAAUGGCUUAAAUCUCAUACACAAAGCGGCGGGUUUGGGCCAUGCCACAAUUUUGGAAUAUCUGAUCACCACCUGGCCCGAUGGCGUACAUGAGUGUGAUAUAACCGGCAAAACCCCAUUGCAUUGGGCUGCCAGUGCCAAAAAUAAUAUGCGCUGUUAUACGCUGCUCACGCAAGCUGGCUGUGACGAAGAAGCCGUUGAUUAUAAAAUGAAAACGCCUUCAUUUUAUCGCCAUAAACCGCAUGAAAUUGAAAGGGCGUUUCUGACGUAUGUACCCGAGUCACCACGAGUCUCCCCAGAUGUCGCCACAGAUUGGGAGGCCCUAAGCGAUGACAGUGGUGAUGGUAAGAAGCCCGACAUUAAAAUACCCGAAAUGAAUGGUUUUGGCAGACAUUCAAAUACGGAAAGUAAUGAAAAUACAUCGGAAGCCGAAAUGACAGAGGGUGCGAGUGCUGCCGAUGAUGAUGAUGCCGGUGGUGGUGGUGAUGAUGAAGCCCUAACCGAAGAACCAGAAAAAGAAGAACCUGCCGCUGAUGAUGAAAAUGGUGAAGAAGCUGAGGCACCAGCCGAAGAUGGUGAGGAAAACGAAAAACCAGCUGAAGAUGAACAACCUGAUGAAGAUGAGGACAAUGAAGAUGAUAAGGGAGGAGAGGAGGAAGAAGAAAAGCCCGAAGAAACAAAUGAAGAAACCCAAACAAAUGAAGCUGAUGCUUCGGACGAUAAAGAUGAACCACAAGAUGAAAAACAAACACAGUCUGUAAAUGAAACGAAUGCCACCACCACGACCAAUGACAACGAACAACCGGAUACGACACAGGAAGCGGAUAUCGAGGAAAGUGAAAAACAAACUGACGAAGAUGAGAGUGAAAAUAAUGAGGAGAAUAGUAAAGAAACUGUAAUUGAAAAGAGUAGAGGAGCGGAUGAAAAAGACGAGGAUGGAAAGGAAGCUCAGGAAAAAGAUGAACCGGAAGUUAACGAAAAAGAUGAAAAGGAAUCUAAAGACAAAGAAGAAAAUGAAAAAGAGGAAGGAAAAGAUGAAAAACCCGAAGAGAAGGAAAAUGAUAGCAAUGGCCUUGAAGAGACCAAAGAGGAAAUUGAAAGCAGUGAUACUCAAACUAAGACCAAAGAAGAGGAAAUAGAUCUAGAAAGUCAUGAUAAAGAAGAAGAAGAAAGUGUGGACCAAACUAAGAAAGAUGAUGAUAAUAAUGGAGAAAAUACCACCUCAGAUGAAAACGAAAUGGAUGGUAAAACAAUGGGAGAGGAAAAUAAAGACACAGCAGACAAGGAAGAUGAAAAUAAGGUUGUGUUGGAUGACGACAAAAAAGGUGAGCACAAAGAAGAGGAAGUAGUAGACGAUAAUAACAAGGAAGGUGAUACAGUAAGUGGGGAAAUGGAGGGCAAAGAGGAAAUUGCAACGAAAGUUGAAGAAAAAGGAGAGGAGGAAAUAAAAGCUCAUGAAGCUCAAAUAACAGAGCAAGCUGCGAAUGAAAAUGAAAAAGAGAGUAAUGGUAAAAAAGAAGAACUGGUAGAAAUCUCAAAAGACUCGGAAAAUGAAGAUGACAAAGAGAAUAAUGUAAAAGAUGAAAAAGAGGAUAAACACGAAAUUGAUAAAUCCCUUGAUAAGGAUCCUAAAAAUGAUAAUGAAGAUAAAGAGAAUGGUGAUAAAAAUGUGGCACCCAUGGAUGACGGUAAGCAUGAAGAUGGUACAGUUGAAUCGACAAAAGAAGAAGAAGCUGAAACGAAGGGAAAACCUGAUGAAAAGGUGAAAGAGAUAAGUAGUAAAAAUACAGAAAAUGAAAAUGUGUUAGGUGAAGUUAAAGAAAAUGCCAAGGAUAAUGAAAAAGACUUCAAAGAUGAAACCAACACAGAUGACAAUCAAAAUGAAAAGGAAGCAAAUACUACAGAAAAAGAUGAAGAAAAGGAAGAAAAAGUGGAAGAAGAAAUCAAAAAAGAAAGUAUUACUAAUAAUGAAAGCUCUAACUUUCAGCUAUUAGAUGCUACACAAAUAAUUAAAAAGGACCAACAUGAAAUUUCUACAAAUGGCGAUAAGAAGGACACCGAAGUGAAAGAAGAAGACGAAAAUAAUAACAAUGCAACAGCUAGCACAACUAAUAAAGAUGACGAGGAUAACGAUAAAACUCAGGAUGACAAAAAUGGUAACAGAUCCUCAGAAUCUCCACAAAAAUCACCUACCAAAUCCCCCAAAGCAUCAGAAGAAGAUCAAGACCUCUCAACUACCGAAGCUUUCCUCAAAGAAACCCAACAAGAAAUUAGUGAUAAAUUCGAUGAAAUUACGGAUAAUUUAAAAGAAAAUCACGAGGAGGAUGACGAUGAGGAAAAUAACACCCAAAAGGAUGCGAAUGAAAAUGAAACGAACGAUAUUGUUGUAGGUAAUGCUGCCAUUACUCCGAAAACUGAACACAAACUAAAUGGCAAGGGCAGUGGUCGUAAAUCGUCUAAGCCACACCCGGGUGGUAGUGGUGAGAAUAGUAGCGAAGACGACGAAGAUGAUGAGGCAACUGAAACGGAAGAGGCGGUGGGCGAAGACUCUGCAAAUCAAGAUGAAAACGAAAAUGAGCUAAAUAAUGACGUCACUAACGACGAAACUGAGGAAAAUGAUAAUAAACAAGAAGAAGAGGAAGAAAAUGCUGAGCAAGAUGAAGCUGAGCAAGAUGAAGCCGAUGGCACUGAAUCACCCACCUCAUCACUGGCCAUUGAAGGUUUUGUCCAGGGAGUUGCCGAUGAUAAUACAGUUCAGUCACAAAAAGCUGCUAUUCUUGAUGAUCAUGAUAAUGAUGAAGAAUCACGUAUCAGCAGAAUCAUAGCUUCUGGUGAUAUGGAACAAUUGGCCCAAAUCGUAUUGAAUGGUGACGGUCAGAAGCUAUUGAAUGUGAAAGCCAAGGAGCCGGAAAUCCAGGCAUUUUUGCGUAAUGUACCAAAUUAUAUGGAUAAAAUCCGUCGAGUCCAUGAGGCUGCCCGCGGUGGUAGCUUAUUAAAUCUGCAACAAGCCUUGGAUCGACGAAAGUUUGCCAUUGCCAAAGAUGAAAUAUCACCGAAUGGUGCAACGCCACUACAUGUUGCGGUAUUAUUUGGUCAUAGUGAUAUUGUACGAUAUUUGUCUGCCCGUUUCCCUGAGACGACUUCGGUAACGGAUAAUGAUGGACGAACUGCUUUACAUUAUGCUGCAGUUAUAAAUGACAAUGGACAUUUUUAUAAUGUUCUACAGCAAUUGGGCGCCAAUCCUAAGGCAUUGGAUAAUUUGGGUAAAACACCAGAACAAUAUCUAACAAAUAAUGACCUCAAAGAUACAUUCAACUAUGGACAGUUAUUGAAAAAUUUCGGCGCCGAAGAAUUGGAAUCACAACUUCUAAGCGACCAAG